UGUUUUGAUUCGGAAUUCUUUUUCUUUUUAUGGGUUCAUUUGUACCGUCAAAAUCUCUGUUGAACUAAAUAGAAAAAGCAUAUAUUCGGUUUCUAUCUCUUUCUAUUCAGAAAAACACUACCGCUUCACCAUUUUGUAUCUUCUCUCUCUAGAGCUUUAUUUUCCUGAUUCUAUUUUUUGGGUUUUGAUCCUUACUACAAGAUGAAGAAAUUUAUCUUGAACUUGGAGGUACAUGAUGUAAGAGACAAGCGCAAGGCCUUGAAGACGGUGUCUGCUCUUCCAGGAAUUGAUGAAAUUUCAAUGGAUAUGAAAGCGAAGAAAUUAACCAUCAUUGGGACAGUUGAUCCAGUAAGCGUAGUGAGCAAACUACGGAAAUUUUGGCCAGCGCACAUAAUCUCAGUAGGACCGGCCAAAGAGCCAGAGAAGAAAGAGGAACCGAAGAAAGAAGAGGGCAAGAAGGAAGAGGCUAAGAAGGAGGGCGAGGGAAAGAAAGAAGAUGCUCCGAAGGAGGGCGAGGGCAAAAAAGAGGAGGGUAAAAAGGAAGAAGAAGGUAAGAAGGACGAAAAUAAGAAAGACGAGCCCAAAAAGGAUGAGAAGAAGGCAGAACCACAGCCAAUGCCGGUGCACAUGCCAAUACCGUUCCCACAACAUCAACCUUAUCAAGCUGUGGUUGGCAUGGUACCACCCUAUCGGCCAUAUUAUCCUCCUCCUCCUCAUAUGCAGGCUAUGCCCUACAGGCCAUAUAAUCCUCCUCCGGUGCAAACAUACUAUCACCACAGCAUGGAAGAGAAUCCUAAUUCAUGUGUUAUCUGUUAAACUGGUUCGGAGAAUGGAAUUAAUCAUAUAUAUUAUAUACAUAGCUCUCCGUUCUUCUUGUUUUUAGUUGGUCUCGGGUUAUAUAAUUAUAUUAGCAUGAACCGAGAGUAACAUUCAAGAACAGAGAAAAUCUAUUGUGAAUACACAAUGAUGCCAUAUUUGUCUUUUCAGAAUCUAAGAAUUGUGUAUAGAGAAUUGAAUAAGAGUUUUGCUA